AUGUACCAGCCAACGAGCUCGGACAAAGACCCCAAGUUUUGCCAGCACGACUCCACACCCAGCAUAAACACCACGAACACCGGUUCCUGCAACCACGCACCAGAGAUGCAACGUGUGCGCGGACUGACCCCAGCACCGACCAUGCAAGUGUCCGGGACUUGGGUGCCCAGUUCCAACCCCAUCCCGGAUGGCCAAAGCUACAUGCGCAACUCUGGCAAGACCAAGUCUGAAGCAAGCAGUGGUCAGGAGGAUUCUGAGCCAGGCGGCCAGUAUCAUCACCAUGGAAAGGGGACAACAAGGAAGGGCAAGGGAAGAGCCCAGCAACAAGGAAAGGAAAUAUGCCCAGUCCAAGCGCCGUCUUGCCACCUCCAGCCCCAGUCUGGCAAGUAG